ACACGGCAUGAUGAAGCUGAUCAACUAGAGGAUUUCUACUAUUAGAAAGUUUAAUGGAACUGAAGGAAAUGAAAUAAUCAUGUUUAUGAGGAAUGUGGGAUUAAUUCGAAUGUUUUGACAUCAAACUAGACUAUGAGGAAUAUGGGAUUAAUGACAUCAAAAUUAACAGGAAAAUAGUCAUUUAAACCGUAGAAAAGUUUCAUCUUAACUUUUCUGAAAUGUCGACAUUAAAGUUGUGUGAUAAAUGUACAACUUGUGUAAUAGUAAGUCAACAAGAGAGUUUUAUAAUAUCUUCAGACAACACUUACUUUGGAGCUUCAACAUAACACUGUAUUAUAAAAAGGGAAACUUUUCGAAAAGAAACAUAAAAAGAAAUUAUUACGAUUUAUAUAAAGUUGUCGUUAAUUUGCAUUUCCAUACAAAGAAUUUAAAACCUCUUCGGAAUGAAAUGCUUGUAUUUCACCAAAUGCUGAGCAAUAUGGACAUACAUUCUUACGGACAUAAGCGACACACAGAGAGUGCCACUUAUCAAGAGAUAAGCGGAUCGUUUACCAUCAUCGUAGAGGUGUUGAUGAUACUUGUGAAUUGUUUGCCAUUAUUCGUUAUAAUUCGAUGGAAGAAGUACAGUGAACGAACUACAACUGAUGACCUCAUUGUUGUUCUAAGUAUUUUGUAUAUACUCUCAGUCCUUGUACCAACACCACUGGGUCAUCUCAGCUACUUUAAGGAUAAAUGGUAUGGUGGUGAUACUUCGUGUCAAUUUUACCAAGUAACCACGAAUUGGUUUCGUUUGAGCACAAUAUUUAUCGUUUCAAUCUUAUGCAUAGACAAGUCUUUGGCGCUACAUUUUUACAUCAAACAUAAUUUUACUGCACGUUACCAUGGCAAAACAAAACUUAUCUUUGCAAUUUUUACCGCCGUAACUGUCGCCUUAAUUGUUUCAUGUUUUCCAGUUUUAGGAUUUGGACCACUUAGAAAAGCUAAAAACACGUGUGGUUCUUGGAUUAACGAGGAACCUGUUGAGCCAAAGGAGUUUGCUUUCAUUGGUGCUUUAUUAACGAGUGGGUAUGGAAAUUUCUUGUGUGCAAUUAUAACAAAUGUAUCAAUGGUAUUAAACCUUAAAAAAGUUAAACGUUCUUUGUACCGAUCAAAUAAUGGUCCAAAUCAACGGGACGAAAUCCGAUGGCAGUUAGAGGGAGUUGUUGUUGUACAUAGUGUUAAAAUGGUAAUGGCGGUGUCUAUUUUACUGUAUAUUACCUGGUUUCCUGCUUUGCUAUUGAUGACAUUACAGAAAGCAGGGUUAACAGUCAGUGAUAUUUCCGUCCUGUAUGCUUUACUUAGUACUACGUUAUCGGGACUACUCAACCCUAUUCUUUAUGGAUUGUUUGAUACAUCGUACAGAAGAGGCUACAAAAAUCUGUUUAAAGCCCUGAAACAGAGAUGUUGUUGCUGUGCCAAGGUACAAGAUACUAUACCAGCAGUAUCAAUGACACAUGGUAUUUCAAGAUCAAGAUCUGAUUCCACGAGCCUUUCCAGAAAUGCAGAAUCAAACAUUCCAAGGUCACUUUCUCGAAUAAGUGAGGAAACAUCCGGGUUACAAAAUGAUGCUUUUAGUGACACCUAUCCCUUGACACAUGAAACACUCUUUCCAAAGCGAUGUGUUUCGGGUAUAGUACGGACAUUUAGCAGAGAAAUAAAUACAAGAUGUGCAGAUGAAGAGACUGCACUUCUUGAUUCGUCGCCUUUUGGAAACCCCAAAUCACUCGACGAAAAUCGAUCGUCAUCAUCAUCAUUAGUUUCGUCUGAUAUAGAUUCAUUCGAUGAAAACCAAUCGGAGUCAGAAGAGGAUGAGGAUGGUUUUGAAGUCGAAAGUACAUUUUAAUCAAAUCAUAUUGAAAUUUAUAAAGGAACAAAAUUAAUGUAUAUGCAUAGUUGUAAAAUUAUAAACACUGCCGAUGGAACAAUUGUAUUAAUCAUAUGUUGUUGUCGUACUCAUGGGGGAAAUCUAGAUAUGAUGCAUUUAUGACGAAUCUUGAUGUAAAAUAAUGUUGAGUUUUGAAAUCUAUUAUACAUGUCAUUGAUUGUUACCAUUAACUGUCAAGUAUAAUAUUGAGGCAACAUUUACCACAUUGAUUAUUACCAUUAACUGUCAUGUAUAGUAUUGAGAAAACAUUUACCACAUUGAUUAUUGCCAUUAACUGUCAAGUAUAAUAUUGAGACAACAUUCACCACAUUGAUUAUUGUCAUUAACUGUCAUGUAUAAUAUUGAGACAACAUUUACCACAUUGUGAUAUGCUUAAAAUAAUUACCACGGCAACUAAAAAGUAAUCUAUGUAUUUGGUUACAAGCCUACUAUUGUGACCAGUUGUCCUUUGCCUUUCAAACCAAACAGUAGAUAAAUGAAAAGUAGCUAGCUUUGAGGGAGCUUUAUAAUGCUUGGCAAUAAUUGUAAAGCAAGAAUGCAUGUCAUAUUGUCAUAUUGUCAUAUAAAUGAAAACAUUAUAAAUUAUUUU